UGUCAUUUCGUUUAUUUACAUUCUAGUGAGAAUUAAUCUUUAAUUAAUUAUCAGCUUAAAUGAAGCAAGUUAUAGACGAAAUAUCUCAAAAAAAUAAAUUGAUAGAAAAGAAAUUAAAGGUUUUUGGACUAGACAGCAUAAAGGUUGAUGGGAACUUUUGCGGAGAAUCCAGUGAAUGUAGGAAAUUCCAACAGGAAAUAGAAUAUAGCGACAUAAGAAACAAUGUAUCGUGUAUGGAUAAAAACAUUAAAAAGUUGUCGAAAGAGAUUGAGCAGUAUAAGAACUCAAUUGCAUCACUAAACCAGUGCUUAGGUGGUAGAGUGAAUGUAUCGGAAAUGAAACAAGCAGCUAUAAAACGUCAAAUGUCUUUACAGGAGCUGAAAAAUAAACAGAUCGUGAAUGAUAGCACAAUCCUUAAUAUCAUACAUAGACUUAAAGAUUUAGAAUAAAAAAGCUACAUUUACAGUAAUUAACAAUUCUAUUGAUUGACAGCUUGUUGUGUCUCAAUUUAGUAUCCUAAUAAAUUAUAGAUCCAUUCAAAUGUGAUCAAAUUAAGGUGCUACAAAUUGCUCAUAACUUGAUAUAGUAUAAUUAUUGUCUUGUUAUUAAUCUAUCAUCACAAUUUCUAUUCAAAAUCAAUUCACCAUUCUAAUCAUCUCAUUGCUAAUCUCGGAAAUUAUGACGCUGAUUCUUUACCUUUCGUAGCGAAGCAUAGACUUCCAAAACCAGUUAUGUUGUAAAAUUAUGCUACCUCUUUCUUUUUCUAUUCUUUAUAUCUUCUUUAGGUUAAGUUAAACAUAUAGUACACUAUAAACACUAUCAUCGUAACACCCAAAAAAUCUGGAUCUUUCACUAUUCAACUUCAAUAGAAUCAUUAGCUAAAAUUACUCAGUAUAAAAUUCCUUAAUUGAUUAUCUAACAGCUAUAGUUCCAUCACAUAAUCUCAUCACAACAGCUUCUUGUAAGCAAUACUUUUUAUGAUUAUUACAAUUAAUUGUCAUUUCUCCAACAUGUGCACAUUGCUAUUUUUUCAAACUGUGCCUCACGAGUUCGUCCAUUCCGUCCGUGUUGAAUGCAACACAAUAACGCAUUGACUAUUGUAUAACAGAGAGCAGUACCAAUCUAUCAAUAUCUGUUGUGUAUUGAAGAGGUGCAUAGAUGAAAAUUUAACAGAUAAGAUUAAUUAAGUAUAAUUUUCUGCCACUAGUAAUAAAUUAUUGCAUCAAUCAGAGACAUGAGGAAUUCAUAGAAUUUCAAGUAUGCCUUAAUCACUUCAUGUCUUAUGAAUUAAAAAUAAAGCUAUUUGUGUCACAAGCACAGACUAAGUGAUUUUAUAGUUCCUAAUAACAAGGUUUCAAUGAUUUAUCCAUUCCUCGUAUAACAUCGAUGGCAGUAGGCUGCUGAUGACGCGGAAGGUACUUUUUCAACACGAAUCGAUAAGCCAGACAUUCCUUUUAUAAACAUGUAUUCUCGAGGUCUCCUUAAUAUACUUUUUGGUGUCUCACAGCUGGUCUUUUUACUAUUUUCUUUUACUGAGAACUUUUUAAGAAUUUUAAUCACCGAUAACAAUGAUUUAUAGCGACUAUGUUUCUUUUCCUUAUUUUCCACAGAAUUUUGUGACUUUGUAUCUGUUUGAUUCUGAAAACUCACUCGACUGCUUUUUACAUCACUAUAAUUUCUAUAGUCCACGUUAAGGUCUGAUGAUGAAUCGAAAUUUUUUCUGCACGUAUUCCUCUUUAAACUUGAUGAUCUUUGUAUGCAAGAAUCGUCGAAAGAUGUGAUAUCGAAAUAGAGGUCUUCAAUUGACUCUGAAGCAACAACACACGACGAUGCUCUAGUCAUUUUUGGUAAUUCCACAAAAGUAUCCAUUUGGUAAAAUUUAUUGUCCAUAAUUAUUGUUUGAAUGCUGUUUCCUUAUCACUUUCUGAUUUAAAACUGACUGAUAUCGCUCAAAUUUCACUACUUCUUAUACUCUUUCUUGUCGUCGAUGAAUAGAAUAGCAAAAAGACUCAGGAAACGUGAUUCUACCUUACAAUUUCUUCGAGUUUAUUUUUAUUGCUCCUAGAAAUUUUCUGAACUUCGUGAAAAGGAAACGAAAGAUGUAAAUGCUCUCAUAUCCGAAGAGAUUUCUAACCAGAGAGUAAAAUGUGACUCAGAAAGAUUUUUGAACUGGCAUCUGAUUACGCUGUUACACAAUUUCUUCACGUUGUCGCUAAAAAUUCCCCGUACUUAUUGAAAAACAAUAGAGCCGGUGCAAAGUUUUCUCUUUCACUCUAAGUUGUCGACUUCUGAUAUUUGAGGCCAUAGAAGUUUGAGUUAGUGUUCCUGAUGAAAAAUUUAUGGGUAAUCUAAUGAUUUAACGUGAUUUUUAUAGCGUGACUUUUAAUAAACUUCUUUGAUAAAUUUAUAAAACUUUGAUGACGUC